AUGAGCGCGGGACAGAGACAGAUUCAACAACAAAACAACAGUGAAAUAAAACUAAAAACAGAGGCUUCAAAGCUCAAUCAAUCAGCGGAUUCGGCCAGCGAAAGGAUUUCAGAAGGGAGGGCCCGAGCGGGGGCUCUUCUCGUCCACGUUUACCAAAGAGGACCACAAGGUGGUAUUUCUCCUGCGAAAGUCUUAUUCGAGUGGACUAGGGAAUUGGUCAAAACGAUCCAAUUAGACAAAAGUCAUUCAUCGUCUUCGAAAGCAGCUUUCAAUCUCCUUGAGUCAAUCGAUUUUGCAACAAGCAAGGGACCGGUCGACUGGGACGAAGAUCUUGUAAACAACGUUAUCCUCAUAUUGCAAACCCAUACCGCUUUUAAGAAAAACAAUAUAGAUACAUCGAUCGUCGUUCGCAAACUCAAAACACCGGAAGAGGAGAAAAAGAUGGAUUCAAACCGGCAACUCGAUUCAAUCGGAGCGAUAUCUCCUGCUAUCGGAAGUAGUGUUGCUCCCUCGAAUGGUCCAGAUUCAUCUUCGAGCAUUGCCAAAAUAUUACAUGAUAUUGGACCUGCAUGUACUCGAAAUGCCAGAACAUUUAGAGAUACGCUUACGGAGAUAACCUCUGGACUCACAAAGCUAAACGAACCAGCGAUCGCACGUAUCAUUUUCUUUUUUUCGGAUAAAGGCAGAGAUGCAGAUGGAUCCACACUCAUGGGGGUGUCAUCGGGGCUAUUGGGAAGCUUGAUACCAGGGAGAGGGGGUGAAGCAGGAAACGACGGCUGGAAUAUUGUUUCGGUUGCACAAGUGCUGGAACAAGACUAUGCAUCUUUGGACUGGAGUGCAGUUGCUUCAUGCUGGGAUUUCCCUGGAUUCGUUAUCAACGAUGCUGAGCAAUUUCGGUCAUUGAUAGAGCUUUACAGAGCAGGCUCAAAACGCACCCCUCCUCUUACAGCAUUUACUUCACAAUGGAGAAAUUCGGAUAGCCAAUUGUCGCUCAUCGAGACAAUGGCGGUUUCUCAAAAUGCAUACGUUUGUCCAUUGAAUGAAGCUGAGACAGAAGAUGCUGCAACUGCGUCGCCUGGGUGUACUGGCAUGGAUCCAAGGUGCUUCGCAUCAAUGGACGUACUUCGAAGACUUUUGUUUUUGUCAGAUAUUCCAACGCUUUAUCGCAGGGUCAGAGAUCUUUUUGUAAAGGGUCUUCUCAGUUGUCCGGAAGUUUUGCUUUGCUCUCUUGUUAGGCUUCAACUUCUCGUCGCAAAUACUCCCGCUCAAUCAGGAAGGGAGAGCUGGACAAACGCUGGAAUGCAAAUCAAGACUGAGAUUAUGCGUGAACUCAUUCCUUUGUUCUUUCGCCCAAAUGCGCGUCACCGGGUCCAGAAUGCGCCCGGUGCAUUGCGCCGCCUCUAUGCGAUUUCUCCCAUUACAGUAACUGUUGCCUGUUUUGAAGCCUGGAGGAGUACGGCGUCAGAACGGCCCCAGGUAUCGCUGGCUACACUGAUGCAUAUAAUCAACAUCGCUCGAUUACUACCGUCACCAGCAGACGCAGUGAAGUCUCUUCUUGAUGGAAGUAAGGAUGCUGAAUUCAGUAUCGCGAUAGCUUUUGUGAUGGCAGACAAUGACUAUCUACAGUUGAAGCCGUGGCUUGUUGAGAAACUGACCCAAAAAGCAGCUGCAGGUGUGUUUGCCGCUGCAAUUUUGGGCUACAUUGCGAAGACGCACGGUUCUGCAGCGCAUAGAACAGCAGAUGGCGAUGGCAGCCCGCUCGUGAGCCUGGAGAAUAUUGCCAUGUCGCUGCAAAUAUUGCAAGCUCUUGACGCCUCGAUUCUUGCACAGCCAUAUCCUACGGCUGAAGGAUCGCCGGCAUCAGGAACUUCCCUCGGGGACAACUUGAAAGCUGUUGCUGAUGCGUGUUUAACGGCACAUCCAACUCUUCGAAGCAUGCUACCAGCUCAAAAUUCUUCUUCAAAUGGAACCAAUUCCAGAGGUGCUUCUCCUUCUCCCGGGGCUUCGGAUGAUGUCGAAGAAAUGGCAACUGCCUACUUUCAAAAGAUAUACACUUCGGAGCAAAGCAUUGGUGAAGUUGUUGAGAUGCUAAAGAGAUUCAAAAUGUCAGGGAAUGCGAAAGAGAAUGAAAUUUUUGCGUGCAUGGUACACAACUUGUUUGAUGAAUACAGGUUCUUUUCCAAAUAUCCAGAAAAAGAACUUCGCAUCACGGGAAUUCUAUUUGGGACUUUGAUUCAAGAACAACUUGUCAGCAGCAUCACCCUUGGCAUUGCUCUACGAUAUGUGCUGGAAGCUUUGAGGAAGCCCCCGUCUCCUGUUGGCACUUCAUCAAGUAGUGGGAAAAUGUUUCAGUUUGGAAUGUUUGCAUUGGAACAAUUCAAGGGACGGCUUCACGAGUGGCCUCAGUACUGCUCGCACAUAGUCCAGAUUCCACAUCUAAAGGAAGGCUAUGCUGACCUUGUCUCCGAGAUCGAGAGUGCAAUGCUUGAAAGCCCGAACAGGGCCGCUUCACAAGGGAGCGCGCCUGCGACUAGUGCUGCUACCGCUGGAUCCAGUAGUUUGACUAAAGACCAAUCAACAACGGCGAGCUUCGCCUCGAGUCAAGAUGGAACCCAAUCACUUGGUGAAGCUGGAUCUUCGCAUUCUUCCACUGGGAGUGUUGAUAUACCUUCGUCUGUUUUGGCAGUGAAUUCAAAGCCUCGUAUUGCAGAAUUCGGACCGAGACUGGGCAGGGCAGUCACGGAGUUAGGAGACGACGAGCAUGAACAUGAAGGCCCAACCACUUCAGUUCUUGAUCGCGUCCAGUUUUUGGUUAACAAUCUUGCACCAGCCAAUGUUGAGAGCAAGGCUAAAGAGCUGAAGGAAAUGCUGGAGCCCGAGCAUUUUGGCUGGCUGGGUCAAUACCUUGUCGUGAAAAGAAUCAGUACCCAGGCCAACUUUCAUUCCUUGUAUCUGAGCUUUUUGGAUCAACUCGGGGACUAUGGAAAGGGACUUGUUGAAGCUAUCAUCGAAAGCGUUUACCACAAUAUUGGCAAAUUGCUCCGAUCUCCAAAGAUUACGACUUCUUCGUCUGAGCGAAGCUACUUAAAAAAUCUUGGUAUUUGGCUUGGACAAAUUACUUUGGCAAGAAACCGUCCUAUCUUGCAAAUAAUGCUGGAUUGUAAAGAGCUGUUACUCCAGGGUUAUGAAACUGGGAAGCUGAUUGCUGUUGCUCCGUUUCUCGCAAAAACUCUUGAAGGUGCCAAGAACUCGGUGAUCUUUAGACCUCCGAAUCCGUGGCUCAUGGGUCUUCUCGGUGUAUUCCGCUCUGUUUACAAUGUGGAUGGCUUAAAGAUGAACAUCAAAUUUGAAGUUGAGGUCCUAUGCAAGAAUCUUGGUAUUCGACUCGAGGACAUCCCUCUCAAGACAGGUGAACUCAAGAAAAGAGUUGCACCUAUCAAGGAGCGCAACCCAGACUUCAAUAUCAAGUCGGUAGCAAAAAGCCAGUCGUCUUCAAGCCAUUCCUCCUCUGUAGGCAUUCUUGGUGCUGCUGACGGAAAGUCUAUCGUAGGGUCCAAUGGCGAUUCGAAGGGAAGUGGAGAUGACCAAGAGACAGUUAUUCCUAACCUCGCAGCGUACGUGACAGUGAAUCCAAGUCUAUCGCAAUUGCUGCAGCAGUCAUCACAAGGUGGCAGCUCUGCUCUAUCUUCCUUGACUAGCGCUUUGUUGAAGAGGUCGGUACCUGUUGCUGUGGAUCGUGCAAUCAGGGAAAUUAUUCAGCCUGUUGUCGAACGUAGUGUGACGAUUGCUUGUAUCACAACGAAGGAAAUUGUGACGAAGGAUUUUGCCAUGGAAAGCGAUGAGAACAAAAUGCGGAAAGCCGGACAAUUCAUGGUGGCAAACCUAGCUGGUAGCCUGGCUCUUGUAACCUGCCGGGAGCCUUUGCGUUCCAGUGUCUCAACACACCUAAGACAGCUUUUGACAUCCAAUGCUGGGGGGGCGGACAAGCUUAAUGAACAAGAGCAAAAUGUAAUUGAGCAGUGUGUCCAGAUUUGCGCAACCGAUAAUCUUGAACUUGGCUGUAUGUUAAUUGAAAAAGCAGCAACUGAGAAAGCUGUAAGAGACGUCGACGAAGAUUUAGGACAGUCUUUGAAUGCGAGGCGGAAACAUCGUGAGCAAACUGGUCAACCGUUUUAUGACAUGUCAAUAUUUGGAAAUGGCAGCCAAAGGUACCCUUCAGCUUUGCCAGAACAACUUCGCCCAAAACCAGGAGGGCUCAGAGCGGAGCAUUUCCAGCUCUACGACAGCUUCCAACGCACAGUCCGUCAAAAUCCAGCUCCUGGAGUAGUCGGGAACUCGGGAGGCGUCGCGGCAGGUGCUGUUGGACCAAAUCUAGGAUCAGAUUCUGAAGGUGGUACAUGUCAAAAAUCAGGUUCAGGAACACAACUUGGUAUUGAUGCAUUAUCUGUAGUUGCGGCGAAACUAGAUAGUGCUGUGACCGCGCUUUUGGCUGCAGCUGGCCCUAGAGCUCCUGAGGUGAAAUUGCCCAUGUUGCCACCUGAUCAUCAAAUUCGCCAGCUCCUUGCAGCAGUGAAGCAGAUUCUCCCUAACCUCAGCCCUACAGGGGCGAUGACAAGGAACCUCACGGCUGGGGAACAAGAAGCCGCGCUCGGGUUUUCCCAGGGCAUUUUCAAGCGGUUAUACGAAUUGAGCCUUAGCGAACCGUUGCGUCUUGAAGCUCUCGUUGCACUCUUGGAAAACAUCAACGUAGCUUGUCCAAAACUUGGAAAAGAUAUUGGAACUUGGGCAACCUACGCACCAACAAAUUCUGAAGGUCAGAGACGCUUGCACAGGACUGUACUCCUACUUCUCAUUAGAAGUCGCCUAUUGGCUGUUCAUGACCUAGAUGGCUUCCUUGCUGCGCGUGCAGACAAUGGCAGAAACCACAUCUGGGUCGAGUUUUCUCUUCUCUUCAUAAGGACUGCAUUUAUGGAAAGAAUUUCUAUGCCAACCGAUUUUCCAAAGUUGAUGGACCUGAUGACUCGAAUUGCGGAAGGCCGUAGUCAAGCAAGCGCCCAAAUCAUGCAGACAUACCGAAAGCCAAUCCUUCGAAUGCUCGAGGAAACCCGUGGGUUAGGCAACGGGGAUAUUGCAUCAACUGCCCGUCCGAAGCAAGCGUCCCAGAGUCAAAGAAAAGCUGCUGCAGUUUCGUUGAAUGAAAGCAGCAGUCUUUCAUCUGAAUCACUUGCGAUCAUGGCUGGAGCAUCAAAGAAGGUAGCCGAGACAACCCAAGGAUUCCUUAGGAAUGAUCCCGCAAGUGCAAAGCAACAGGUCACAACUCUUUUGGACAACUGGAUUCGUGUGUACAGCGAGGCCGCUGGGAACGAAAAAGUCAAUAUUCAAUUUCUUCAGUACUUACAACAGAGUGGAAUCGGGAAGGUCGAAGAACAAACAGAACGAUUCCUUCGACUUUCUGUGCUUCUUGUUGUAGAGGCAGUCACGAAGAGUGCGACCAGCAGCGAAAAGGGUGCAAGAGUGCUCAAUUACACUGUUAUGGAUGUGUACUGUAAGCUAUUGGUCGUCUUGUUCAAGCAACCAAACCUGGGAAAUGAAAGAAACGAUUCUCAGCGCUUGAAUAUGCUCAACAAAAUUUUGGGUGUGAUUGUCCGUUGCAUGAUGUUCGAUGCAGAGGCUGCAAGAAACAACAGCUCGAGAGUUUGGGAUCAGCGACCUUGGUACCGGCUGCUUCUCAAUCUUUUGAUUGACAUCAACACGCCAGAUCCUGCCCUUGAGCCAAUCAAACUCGGUGUUCUUUCUGUUUUUGGCGCUGCGUUACAUGUCUGCCAGCCAUUGGCGCUUCCGGGAUUUGCUUUCUCCUGGUUCGAGCUCAUUUCACAUCGACACUUUCUUCCCAAUCUCCUUUUAAUCGAAGGCAAGAAAGGAUGGAACACUGCUCACCAACUUCUUAUCGACUACUUCUUGUUCCUUGAACCUCAUCUCUCGAAGGGGGGUGAAAUGACGCCACCAGUGAAAAAGUUGUACGAGGGAACUUUACGAGUAUUGUUGGUUUUGCUCCACGAUUUUUCUUCAUUCUUGGCUGCAUAUCAUUUGUCCCUCUGCAAUGUCAUCCCCGAGUCUUGCGUACAAUUGAGAAACCUGGUCCUCUCAGCAAGUCCAAAAGGAAUGCUCCCGCCUGAUCCAUUCACUCCAAACUUGAAAAUAGACCUGCUGCCUGAAAUUUCCCAAAGUCCUGUUGUUCUCUCGAAUGUGCUUGGACCGAUUGAAGGAUCUAGGAACCAUCUGGAUGCAUACUUGAAAGACAGCCAGAGAAAUAGAAACUUCCUUUCUGAGCUUCCUUCAAUCCUGUACAAAAGUGGCACAAAAGAGGUCGACCCUCCGAAAGUCAAUUCUUUGGUCUUGUACAUAGGCAUGCAUGCUCUCGCGCGCCUACAGAGUGCUCAGAUUUCGAUGGCUCGCAUUUCUACACCGGAGAUGGAUGUGGUGCAAAAGCUGAUGGAGUUAGACGAUCAUGGAAGAUAUAUCUGUUUGAACGCGAUUGCAAACCAGCUUCGCUAUCCGUCGAGUCACACUCACUAUUUCUCCUGUGUAAUGUUGUAUCUGUUCAGUGAGUCGACGAAUGUUGCUGUGAAGGAGCAAGUCACCAGGGUACUUUUAGAGAGAUUGAUCCUCCACAGACCCCAUCCUUGGGGUCUAUUGGUAACAUUCAUCGAGCUUAUCAAGAAUCAAGCAUACGGAUUCUGGAACUAUCCUUUUACACGUUGUGCAACAGAAAUCGAGCGCGUAUUUGAGUCAGUCGGUCGCUCGAUUCUUCCGCCAGGCUCGACUCCGCAGUCACAACAAACAGUCGGCGGGGAUGAAUAG